UCAAGAACUCAGAAUGCAACAACUAUUGAUAGUACUUAUUGCCCUGCUGUGUCAAGGCACGUUAGGUCAGCGAUGCGGCAGGUGUGGACCAUUGGAAGUGUUUAAAGAGUGCGCAUCGCCUUGUCUUCCGGAGCGAACUUGCCAAUACCAAUUUCCAGUUGCACCAAAAGUCUGUAUACUUUCAUGCGAACAAAGAUGUGAAUGUGAUCAAAAUAAGGGAUUGAUAAGAGAUAAACGAUCUGGUGAAUGUAUAGACAUUGGAAAAUGCGAAGACAGAUGCAGUAGAAAUCAAUUUUGGGGAUGCAGGCCAUGUUGCCCAGAAGCAACUUGUGAUAUUCCCAACCCUCCUCCGUGUACAAGAAUAUGUCCUCGUAUAUGUAUAAACGAAUGUUUGUGUAACAAAGGUUACGUUCGAAACACCAGAACCGGAGAAUGUGUCUUACCAAAACAGUGCCCAAAACCAGUGGGGUAAUCUCAACUUGCUACAAGAUAAAAACUAAAAAUUUGUAUUCGUUCCGUACUUAAUUUAAAAAUGAAUGUCAAUAAAGAAAAAUUAUGUAA